CACACACCAUCACUCCUCCCCAUCCUGGAGACCUCCAGCUCUGCUCACACUCCGUCCUUCUCUCUCAGACACACACACACCCACCCAGGACACCGUUCGUCCCAGUCUCCUCAGCAGCACCGUCGGUAAAGCUCUUUUCUCGCAGGAUGCCGGAGCCAGGGUCGCCGCGGCUGUGCUGAGACGGACGCUCGAAAGGAAAAGGUGGUUAUUGUGAAGACUUGAAGAUCGCUUGGAAGAUUCAACAUGGCCGUGAACAUGAUGCCCACCCCUGCCAUCUGGCCGGGCGAGGACCAGCCCUCACUGCUGGAUCAGGAGGACUGUGAGUUGAGUCGAGCACCUGCGGCUGUCCCAUGCUCACCUGGCCAAGGUGAACAGCUCAUCCACGGCAGCGGCAGCCCCGCCGGCACAAGACCCCCCCGCAGCAAGUCCAAAGGAGAACUUGUCAUUGUCAUCAACGAGAAGCUGAAGAACAGUAAUGGGAUGCACCCGGCGUCUGGAGACAAAACGUCCCCUGUCAUCUCCUCCCCUCCCAGAAGACAACACUCCAUUUCGUACCCUCAUCACAACAAGACCAGGAAGGGCAGCCGGGCCAGCUCCAUCGGCUACACCGCCUUCUCCCCUCGGCCCUCCAUCUCUCGUCACUCCAGCAUCGCCACCAACCCGCCGCUGGACCGCACCAAGGUCAAAGACUAUCUCCUCCUGUCAGUGCUGGCCUGUUUCUGCCCCGUCUGGCCCAUCAACAUCGUUGGUUUCGUCUACUCCAUCAUGUCCAAGAACAGUCUGGAGCAGGGGAAUCUGGACGGCGCGGUGCGCUUGGGCCGCGUGGCCAAGAUGCUCUCCAUGGUGUCACUUGUAGGAGGGACGGUCAUUAUCAUCGCCUGCAUUGUCAACCUGGCCAUAAAUGUGAAAAGCUGAGUUUCAUCCCAGGGUGAAACUGGAUAAGGCAUCUGAUGCCCUGGCCUGCCCUGCACCCACCACCGUCUUUACAGCCUAGUCAUAACCUGGAUGUGUGGCAGAAGUGCACCCAAUAACCAGUGCUUAUUUAUACUUUUGUUAUCUAACUAAAACACCGUAUGCUAACAGAGCAAUGAUUAGAGGACAGGGGGGAGGGUUUGUGCACCUGAUACGGACCAUGUCGCUUCAUAUUCCCGUGUUCCAGACGAUCUUCAAGUGGCAGAGCAGAACUGACUCUAGGGGGGGAGAACACUUUGGAUGUGAGGGGCUUCUGGAUGGAUUCCCACCACACCACUCCCCACAGCCACUCCCUUGUACCAAUGGCUGGAUGAAUCCAAUGUGUCGAUCGGUACACAAGUCACCCACAAUUCACCUGUAUGAAGGGGACAAAACUGAGUUUUCCAAUGACUUUAUAGGGAAGAAUGUGAAACCGGCGGAGAUGACGAAAAGCACUGCAAAAAAAACACGUGCCAAAAUGAAAGUCAGCUGUUGAUCACCAAAAACUGUGAGUCAGUGGAUCUGUAGCAGAUAUCAGCUUUUCUUCCACGUCAAUUGAGUUGUUUGUCUUUUGAUAAUGUAGAAGUGGGAUCGCGCUGCACUAGUCAGCCGUGCAAUGUUUGCUCCAUCGCAGGCGGGUUUGUGUGCCGUGCUCCGUCACAAAUGUAAUAGCUUGUCAUUGCAAUCAUAAACAAGCGCUGUCUGACCUACUGUAACUGUUAGCCUCCGAUUUGUUUUGAAGAUGUAACGUUUCAGUCCAAUCUUUUUUAUGAUCUCCGUCCACCGACCUCGGACAUCCACCUGCUACACUGUGACCUGCCACUGCAGCACCCCUGGGUUCCUGUAAAACCAAUUUUACGAGUGGUUUCACUGAAAAUGAAUCAAUACCUGGUUUAUUUAGCUUUGUUACUUAAUAUGUGAAAGAACUUAUAAUCUACAAUUGCUGUAUUUUGCUGGUAGAAAUCAGUCUUGUGUUGAAUUAGAGUUCAAUAGUUAUGAUCUAGUUAGUGUUACCAGCAGGCAACUGUACUCGCCUAUUAGCAUGCUGUAGAUUUUGACUCGUGUUGGACGGAGGUGGAGUUAAGCGGCUCGUGGAACGUUGUAUUUCUGCAGCACAUUCUUAAUAAAGACAC